CACACUUCCCUCUCAAUAUAUAUAUAUAUAUAUAUGGAUAUAGCUAAUCAAGGUUAACUCCAUCUCCACUGCGAGAGAUGGAAAGACAAGAAGAGCUGAAAGCAGCCGCUGCCAAAGAGGAGAUAUGGAAAUACGCCUACGGCUUUACCGACAUGGCUGUGGUGAAAUGUGCCAUCGAGCUCGGCAUAGCUGACGCGCUGGAGCGCCACCAAGCCCCCAUGCCGCUGGCCCAGCUCUCCUCCAUCCUCCGCUGCUCUUCGCCGCAUCUCCACCGCAUCAUGAGGUUCCUGGUCCACCGCCAAAUAUUCAAAGAAGAUUCCAAGGGCUAUGUCCAAACGCCAAUUUCACGCCUUCUUGUGAGAAACGGAGAGCAGAGUAUGGCGGCUUUGGUGCUGCUAGAGAGCAACCCCGUGAUGCUGGCGCCGUGGCACGGUCUGAGUGCGCGGGUCCAAGGCGGCGGAGCUUCGGCGCCAUUCACCACCGCGCACGGGAGCGAUAUAUGGUGUUACUCGGCCGCAAAUUCUGCCCACAGCAAGAUGAUCGACGACGGGAUGGCCUGCGAUGCGAGGUUGUGGGUGCCGGCGGUGGUUGAUGGCUGUCCGAAGCUGUUCGACGGGCUGCGAACUUUGGUGGACGUCGGGGGAGGGAAUGGAACUGCGAUGCGGAUUUUGGUGAAGGCUUGUCCUUGGCUUUGCGGCAUCAACUUUGACCUACCUCACGUGGUGGCUGCUGCGCCGGACUGUGUUGGCGUCGAGCAUGUUGCCGGCGACAUGUUUCACGGUGUUCCUAAGGCAGAUGCUGCAUUCCUCAUGAAGGUUCUGCACGAUUGGGGUGACGAAGAGUGCAUCCAGAUCCUGAGAAGAUGCAGAGAGGCCAUCGACAAAGACAAAGGCAAGGUAAUAAUCGUAGAAGCCGUGGUUGGAGAAGAAGAAAAUGAAGAAGACAACAACAACAGGCUCGAGUACGCGAGGCUGUCGCUGGAUAUGGUGAUGCUGGCUCACACCGACACGGGCAAGGAGAGGACCAAGAGCGAAUGGACCCACCUUCUCACCCGGGCAGGCUUCACCCGUUUCACCUUUACCCGCAUCCAUGCUAUUCCCUCCGUCAUCCAGGCCUGGCCUUAGUUCGCCCUGUCUUUCUGCCGUUACUUUACGCUUCUAUAUAUACGUGGCCUUGUGUUCAAAAUUCAACUUAAAAGUUAAAAGUGCUCUCUCUCUCUCUCUCCUAUGUAUGAAAAUUACUUCUAUUCCGCCAUGCAUGCAUUAGGCUUAGUUUGGGUAUGCGUUUUUAAAGAGAGUUUUU